AUGGAUACUUCUCUGGAUCCUCAAGAAGCUACAAGGCUCAUCGAGUCAUCCGGCCAGAUUCACAUGCGGGCCUUCCAAGUGGCCAUUGGAGUAUUGACCGGCUUAGCACUUUGCUGCUUCAUCGGUCGAUUGGCUGUACGUCUUACGUACCAGAAACGCCUACACCUGGACGAUGCGUUUUUGAUCAUCGCUGCCGCUUCUCUAUGUGCGGCCACGGGUAUUCUUUACCAUAUUUGUUAUUUCCUCUACCUGCAUUCAGUUGCUUUACUAGCCCCUCAACUUCUACCUUACCUCCUUGCCAAUUAUGACGAACUUCUCAACCUUCAGAAGAGGGUAUACCCGUUCUUAGCCUUAAUAUGGACAACGACUUUCGCCGUCAAGGGGUGCUUUCUAGCAUUCAUGCGGCCGCUUGUCUGGCAUAUAUCACGAAGAGUAAAUUGGUACUAUUGGUUCAUAGCAGGGUUCUGUAUCUUGUCUUGGGCAUUUGUCGUCUCAGAACCAUUCAUCGUGUGCCCAUAUUUUGGAUUAGAAGGGAUGAAAUGCUUCAAUUCGACCGUAGAUGAGAAAAAGACAUUGGGUCUUACCGCGCUUGUUACGGUCCUAGACAUUCUUUCAGAUAUAAUGGGCUCGUUCCUCAGCCGGUCUACCAAGUUGGGUUUGGCAAUCUUCCUCUGUCUCUCGAUUUUCAUGGCAAUUUGCGCUAUUGUUAAGAUGGCUGGCUUUUACUACAAGGGGCUCGAGGAUGACACCUGGGAGUUCUUCUGGCAACAUAUUGAAGGUGCAGUUUCAGUCAUGAUGGCAUCCAUCACAGCGUUUCGCACGCUUUUUGUCAAACAGGCAAACAGUACCGAUGAUACAAUACCACGCAGCCCGGUUGAGAGCCUUUUUCAUAAACUUUUUAGGCGGUUCCAAUCUUUGGCUCGAGCGCAGCCCAACGAGAAAUCCACAUCAAACCCAGACACCUCAAUUCUCAAACUUCCCAAGAUACCGUCUCCGAUUUUCACUGACCUGCGAACUUUCAUUCGUAGGAACAAUCGGACUGGCGUGAGCUCUGCUACAUUUGCUACCCUAGAUUCUGUAGGCGAUGCUUCCGAGGCAGACUAUCACGCCGCCCUUAAAAUACAACACCGAGCCGACAGUGACAACAGCCUACCACAUGAUCAGCCGUUAGGCACCGCCUAA